AUGGCGAUUUGGAUUCCUCAUGGAUUCUUCUGCGGAUGCGCGCCUACUCUCACUCACCUCCUCACGCGCUAUCCAGCUCCCUCGUCCCUCCCCCACCCCCUUCUCCCUCCGCUAGAACACGCGCGCCUGCACCUGAUUCCCCCAUUCACUCCCGCUCCCCCCUUCUCCCCCUCUUCCCCCCUCCCCCUGCUCCUUCCUCCGCGUCGUCCCCCCAGCCGCGGCGCCAUCCGCGCGGUACCUCGCCAUCGGGAAUUGCCUGAGCUGAGCAAAGCGCGCCUCCACCUGGCUCCCCCUGUUCCCCUUUCCCCCUCUCCUCCGCCAGCCGCGGCGCCAUCCGCGCGGUACCUCGCCGUCGGGAAUCUCUGGGAGCAGCUGAGCAAGGCGCGCCUCCACCUGGCGGAAGCCAUGGCUCUCGCGCGCCACUGGGGGCGCACGCUCGUGCUGCCACGUGUGCGCAGCAGCCGCAUCGGCGGCAACAACCCGCCACGUGGCAUGCUCUGCUUCCCGCGUGCGCGUUCUUUGACCCGCUGUGACGACCGCGCGUGGCUGCGCUGGGUGCCUCCGCGAGCAGAGCUGGCCGUGCUCGUGCAGUUCACCCACCCACACCGUGUGCCUGCUACCGCUGUCUCUCUGCAUCUGCUCUUCUCACGCCUCUCUCUGGUCCGUUCCCUUCCCAAGCUCGUUCAUGCUGUGCCAGGAACCCUUUCCCAGAUACUUGGUGUGCGGGGGGGUGGUGCUUGA